UAAUAAUAAUUUUAUAAAAUGGGCCAAAACCUCAGAAAACCAGCAGGACGUGGUUCUUUUAAAGGCUCAUGAACGUGGUCUCCGAGCAAAAGAGCUGUAGAUAAGAGCACGUUCACGGUGAGAAUCAUCCAGCUGUGUCGCACUCGCUCUGCUCUGCUCUCCGCGGUCAAAAACAGUAAACUCUGAACACAGAUGUGAACCAAGAAGGGUCGACCGCAGGCGACGGUCACUUUCCUGACGAGCGGUGGGAGGGUUCCUCAGUCUGUCUGAGUCUGACAACUGACAACAAGAAAAGACACAGAGAGCUUCCUCCUGCCGGGAUAGAAGGAGAAACUACUCGUCCUCCAUGGCAGACCAGGGUUUACUGUUGGCUGUUGGUGUGUCGUUGGGCCUCCUGACGCUGCUGCUGCUCGGUCUGAUGACGUACUACCUGUGGAGGAGGAAGAAGGACCAGAGUCCAUACGAGGAGCUGCCCUCCACACUGCCUCCAGUACCAGCGUGCUCCGCUCCGGUCAUCCAGGUGUCUCUGGGCUCCUGGGUCGGCGAGAUCCCUUUCACUUUGCCUCCUCGCUUCUCGACACAAAAGCAGGGUGAGCUGGAGAUGGAGGAGAACGAGGAGGUGGAGGUGGAGAUGAAGACGGAGACGCGGCGGGACAUAUUAGCCCACCGGGGGUCGCUCUCAGUGAGGAGUUGGUAUCCAGUGGGAACGGUGCUCGCCGGUCUCUACUCCGAACUCCCGCCUCUGAGCGAGGUGGUGGCCCCACCGCCCGGCAUGGCCACCCGCCUCUGCUUCUCCGUGGAGUAUCGACGCAGCGGCGAGCAGCUCGCGGUCACGCUGUUCCGCCUGGGCAACCUCCCUCCCCGCUUCCACGGCAACGUCACGCUGGUCGAGCUCCGGCUGCUCCCCGACGACCGGCGGCCCCGCCAGGCCAAGGCCCGGGGCACGGGGCCCGACCCGGAGUUCAACGACUGCUUCGUGUUCCAGGUGUCAGGAGUGUGUGUACCCCAGAGCAUCCUGAGUGUGUGUGUGCUCAGUGUGGUGCAAGGCGGCAAACGCCACGCGGUGGGCCGGGUGCUGUUCCCUCUGGUGGGGGAGCUGGGUCAGGCCGGCCGGGUUCUCUGGAGAGACCUGGAGACCGAGGACGACACACAGUGCUCGGAGCUGGGUGAUGUGCAGGUAUCUCUCAGCUACAGUCCGACUCUGCAGCGCCUCUCAGUGGUGGUUUUGAGAGCUCGGGGCCUUCAGCUGCUCACAGACACAGGUGUGUGUGUCCAGGUGAGCCUGCAGAUACACACUCAGGUGGUGAAGGUCAAGCACAGCUGUGUGGUGAAAGGUGAGACCGACCCGUGCUUCAACCACAGGACGACCUUCAAACUCCGCUCGCAGCACUUGGACGAGGCCUGUCUGAGUUUUGAGCUGCAGCAGCCGAACGACAUCCGCCAGACGACAGAGCUUCCGGUCGUGCUGGGGGUCCUGGUUUUGGGUCCCUUCAUGUACGCCAGGGGUCCGCAGCUGCAGCACUGGAUGGACAUGGUCAACACACUGCAGGAGCCAGUCAAGCUGUGGCACGGACUGAGCAGGGCCACUUAGCGCCCAACUACUAUUACACACCUAUGAUGUCAUAAUAAAAAAGUGUUUUUUGUUUUUUCAAA